AUUUCCCAUUCUUUUAAUAGGUUACGUAGAUGUCUACAUUGUGGGGUUAGUGAAAUUUCUACUCCAGCAAUGCGUCGGGGGCCAGCAGGUCCGAGAACUUUAUGCAAUGCUUGUGGACUGAUGUGGGCAAACAAGGGAACUCUGAGGGAUCUUACAAAGGGACAGAGGCAUAUAUCAUUUGAUCAAAGUGAGCUAGAAACUCAAGAGAUCAAGCCUGCUGCCACUGAACCUGAAAGUUCCUAUCACAACCUGGAUGAGGAGAGAACCCCAGAACGGACACAAUCUGCUCUAUUGGAGUCUGCAGAUUUUUCAAUUACUCCAACUGAGCAGGUAGGCAUCCUUAUUGAUUUUGGCACAGAUAGUUUCUUCUUAUGUUGGCUUAAACUGUACAUGACAGCAUACAUUUGGAAAGACAAGGAUUAACCAACACGACGUCAAAUAGGAUAUUGUUCACAUUAAAUUUCAGGACCAGCUUGGCAACAUGCUUACGAACAAAGACUGAAUUUCUGACAUCACACAAUAAAUAGCUAACAAACAAAACUCCCCCAACAAAACAAGAAAUUAUGGAAAUAAGAAAAGAAAGAAAUUCCCAUUAUAUCACAGCAGCAUAUUGUUUUUCCACUUCUUAGAUAUUACAAAAUGUUUGGAGAAAAGGACAUGUAAUGAUAAAAAAAAAGUGCAUAGUACAGGUAACUGUAAUGGAAAUGGAUCUAUCUGCAGUUGAAUCAGGAACUGUUUGUUCAAGUGACUAUUGCUUGUUCAAAUUUGCUCCAUAUUUGGUGGUUAUUUUAUUUUUUCCUCUGGGCAGUUUUGCUCCUGGAAUCAUCAUUUUGUUCCAAGGACACGUCCUAGAGUACAGUUUCCUUCCAUCUCUGGUUACUCAAGAAGCUAUCCAAAAAGGUCCUUUAUUAAAAUCUAUGAUUUGGCAAACCCAUAGUGAUUGACGACAUGCCUUCUAGGUUGUGCAUGUAGCACAAUUGAGAAAGGACUUCAGAUUUGAACAUUUGUUAAAAAUUCAUUGUUGCCUCAAGUUUAUCCUUGUUUUUAAACUGUGUUGGAUGGCAGCGCUAAGUAGCACUUUUUAACAUGCAAGUCUUUUUACAAUUAGUGUUUGCAUGCUGGAGCCAUCUUGUCAUGGUAGAAUAGAGAAUGUGCCAAUCUAGGGUUUGGAUCUGGGAUCUAUAUUCUAGGGAAUCAGAUAUUUGCCUAGGGCUUUGUUUGAUUCCCAUUUUUUCGAAAAUAUAUUUUUCUCUCCUUUUUUAUCACGCGUUCUCCAUUAAAAUAAUAUUACACGUAAAUCAAAAACUUUUCCUUAUUUUUCAACCACACAUUUCCUAUCAAUCUACUAUUCUAAAAUGCAUUUUUUUUUUUU